UUGUAAUGCAGUCACAAUGGUACGAUCAGCCAUACCUAGAGGCUGGUGUCGUGACAGAAAAACAACAUGGAGGAUAGGGGACAGGAACCAGAGUUUGAAACACAAUCAAGGCGACGGGACAGUUACCUGGACAGGUCAGAGGUUAGCAGCUGUGUCAAGUACAUCCUCUUCUUCACCAACCUUAUCCUGUUUGUUGCAGCUGCUGGAGCUCUGGGUCUCGGAAUAUGGAUUCAGGUACUGAAGGGCAAGGUCGUGCUACAUCUAGUAGACCUCCUGUUUGAUCCCUCUGUCAUGAUAAUGUGUCUUGGAGGUUCCGUCACCUUCCUAGUCGCCUUCUUCGGCUGUUUCGGCUCGCUAAGAGAAAACCUCGUCCUUCUUACCAUAUAUCACACCCUCGUGACACUACUGUUGUUGGUGGAAUUAGCUCUUGUUGUGUUCGUCUUCGUGUUCUACUUCUCACCGGAAACACUCGAGAGCCUCAACAUCGUACCGGAAGACGCAUUGCGAGAUGCCAUCGUAAAAUACCGAGAUGAUCCGGACAUGCAAGAUCUCAUUGAUGGAAUUCAAGAAAUGAUGGACUGUUGCGGCGUCAGUAAUACGCCGACCGGUUACCGGGACUGGAAUGAGAACAUCUACUUCAACUGUUCUGAUUUCAACCCAAGCCACGAGAGAUGUUCCGUCCCGUUUUCUUGCUGUGUCCUUAACCCAGGGGACAAGAUCAACAUACUGUGUGGUAAUAGUGCUCUGGAAGUAACGACCGAGGUUGCGGAGAAGGCAAUCCAUCCCGAGGGCUGUCUGUACAAACUGGGAGUAUGGAUACAACGUAACUCGCUGAUCGUCGGGGGCAGUACACUAGGAAUCUUCAUACCUCAGAUAAUCGCCAUUUGCUUUGCAAAACAGUUGAAGGACCAGAUCGAAGCACAGACUGCAAAGUGGAAGUUUGACCGGACAUGACGUCACAUCGGAAGUGUAUUUCAUCGCGUUGACUAUAACAUACCAUUUCCAUUCCGUGCAUGUUUUUUUACAAGACACAACCUGCGUACUAUUUCACUUUGUCCUGUGAUUGGCUAUGACAUUAUGGCCAAGAAUCACUGAUGUGACAACGUCAUUUACAAGUUUGAUUUUUCAUUUGACAUCUUGAUCUAAGAUCGGUGCUAGGCUCAUUCUAAUGUGAUAUACACAAUACAAACACGAGAAAAUGAGAACACCAUAUUGCAUGAGAUUUAUUCUUCAAACUAAAUGUAAUGAAGGGUUUGUGUUAUAUUUUGCAGUUUUAAGUUUGUUUCCACCGUUGUUGUGCAAUAAGUAAACGUGACUUUGUUGGAUGAGAAAUGUUUGUCCAUCCGUCCACAUAAAUAAAGCUUUAUUGCGUGAAAGUUGGUGCUACGGAAUAAAAGAUACAAAUCAUCG